GGGCCCAGGCAGCUGGAGGCAGUUCAGUUAGGCAGGUGCCAGUGGAAAGGAAGAGCCCAGUGCUAUACUUCUGACCGAUGGGAGCAUGAACUCCAGCCAAAAUCCCUUCCAGUCCCCUUCGGGUGCCUUCAAGGGCUCAGGCUAUGGCUGGGCCAGAUCUGGGAUCUUUCCCAGGGCACCCAGUGUCCAUGGAGGUGCAGGAGGUGUGAGAGUCUCAAUCUCCUCUGCUACAUCUUUCUGCUCAUCCCCUGGAGCUGGGGGCUAUGGAGGGGGCUUCAGUGGAAAUCAAGGAGGCAGCAUUCUCAUGGGUGGGAAUGAAAAGCAGACAAUGCAGAAUCUAAAUGAUCGCCUGGCCUCUUAUCUGGAGAAAGUACGCUCCCUGGAAGCAGCCAAUGUAAAACUUGAAAAUCGCAUUCUAGAAUGGCAUAAGAAAAGAGACCUGGACAUGAAGCAAGAUUACUCUCAAUAUGAGGAAAAUAUCAGCAACCUGCAAGAACAGAUUAUGGAUGGGAAGCUGGCAAAUGCUAAAAUUCUCCUUCAUAUUGACAAUGCCAGGAUGGCAGUGGAUGAUUUCAGCCUUAAGUAUGAAAAUGAAUUGUCCUUCAAAAAAGACCUGGAAAUAGAAGUGGAGGCAUUUCGGAAGAUCCUGGAUGACCUAACAAUAAUCACGACUGAUCUGGAAAUGGAAGUGGAGGGCAUGAGGAAGGAGCUUAUUCUCAUGAAGAAACAUCAUGAGGAGGAAAUGAGCAAACAGCACAUGGCAGAUGACAUCAAGGUUAAUGUGAGUGUGAACUCAACCCCAAGAGAAGAUCUGAUUAAGAUCCUAGAGGAUAUGAGGCAAGAAUAUGAGUUGAUAAUUAAGAAUAAGCAUCAAGACUUGGACAAGUGGUACAAAGAACAGUCAGAAUCCAUUUCUCAGGAGUUGGAAAGCAGAACAGCCUCUGUGCAGAGCAACAAGAACAAUAUCCAUGAAUUGAGACGUACCUUCCAGGCCCUGGAGAUUGAUCUUCAAACCCAAAAGAAUAAAAAAUGUGCCCUGGAGGUCAUGUUGGCAGACACUCAGUCCCGCUACUCCUGCCAGCUCCAGGACAUGCAGCAGAUCAUCUCCCAUUAUGAGGAGGAGCUGAUGCAACUCCGCCAUGACCUAGAACGCCAGAAUAAUGAAUAUAAGAUCCUGCUGGGCAUCAAGAAUCACCUGGAGAACGAGAUUGCCACUUACCACAACCUCAUGGAGGGCGAGGACAAAGGAAAAACAGAAGACUACAAGUCAGAGUUGAAAGCUCCAAAAAUCAAGGCCAUAAUGCAAGAGACUGUGAAUGGAAAAGUCACUUUUCUGAAAGUCAAUCAGAUUCAGAAACCUAAAUGAAGCAUAUAAAAGUUUUUGCCAAUUGUAAAUAUCUUUCCCAUGACCUAAACUACUUAUGAAAGUAUUAUAUAUGUUGCAUUCAGAAUUAUUAAUGUAUCAAGUUUCAGAACUCACUUUUUUCUUCAAAACAUGACUAUUUUCUUACUGUCCUUGCCAAAUGAAUGCAAAAAUUAUCUCUUAUUAUCAACUUUAGAUUAUUUUCAUUUUGGAUCUUGGUUUUCAAUAAAGCUUUAUUCAAUUGUGAUGUA